AUGUCUUCCUCUCGUUCUAGUCGUGGGUCUCAUGGGAGCAAGAAGGAUAAGGGAGCUCAGCGAUCCCUCCAUCGAAUGAUCGAAUCCCUGCAAUCUCACUCUAUAAACACGUUGACGGAGCUUGUCAGGAUCGAGCGUGUUGCCGCCACGUGUGAGAAUGAGAAUGACGCCGUGGCCUUCCAGGGGCCGAUGACAGAGGCUUGGAGCUACUAUGUCAGCAGCAACCAGUUCCUCACGGAACUGAGGGGCCUCACGAGGAGCUACCCCUUCUGCGGCGACAUCCUGGCGGACGCGCAGGCCCGAGUACGGAAUGACCCAGAGAGCAAUCGCAGCUGGAAUAUGGCCUGGCUCUGCCUUCGAAAGAUAGUUGAUGACAACCUAGUAUCAACGUACUCUGUGCUGGAGGCGUCAAGGCUCGAGAUGUGGGGAGGUCGGGCUCCCACGGCUGAAGAGGUAGAUCAGCUGGCUCGGUGUUUCGAAUACGAGUGGAAUUCUGCAGUCGCGACAAUGCUUCGCCACUGGUCUGUCACCCCGACGUGGUAUUGA